CAAAUCUGUUAAAAACACACUUUAGCACAACUGCGCUUGCUCGCCCUCGCAUUCCCCGGCCUGCCCCGUUCAUUACAGGCGGAAAGCGCAGCUGGCGGUGCCCCGGAACGCCUCGCCGCGGCAGUUCCGGGGCGGGCGGCGGCCAUCGCGCGGUGACCGAGGGGACGCCGCGGCCAUGGGGAAGCACUUCGGGAACCUGGCGCGGGUGCGCCAUGUCAUCUCCUACAGCCUGUCGCCCUUCGAGCAGCAAGCCUUCCCCAAUGCCGUGUCCCACGGCGUCCCCAACGUGGCCCGCCGCUUCGCCUCACAGGUGUUGAAGGUGGCGCCCCCGCUGGCCCUCGGUUACCUCAUUUAUUCCUGGGGGACGCAGGAGUUCGAGCGGCUCAAGAGGAAGAACCCGGCUGACUACCAGCACGACCAGUGACCAGGAGCAGUGACCAGCGACCACGAGCAGAGCUCCCCGGGGACCUGCUGUGCUCGUUCCCAUGGCCGGAGGGGAUUAACUGGGAGAUAAGCCUUGGCUAAUAAACUGUAACUUUGUCCCAUGA